AUGCAACACGAAGUUGAAAGAAUAAAUCUAACAAAAGAACAACAAGAAUUAAAAUAUGAAAAAGAUCAACCAAAAAUCAAAUAUUAUAGAGAAUUAACAGAUUAUCUACUACAAUCUAAGAAAGAACAUAUAUAUGAUGAAGAAAAUUUUAAAUUAACAACAACUUUAUUAAAUUUAAAUCCUGAAUUUUAUACAAUUUGGAAUUAUAGAAGAGAAAUCUUGACUAAUCUAUAUAACAACUUCAAUUCAAAUGAAGAUGAAAAAACAAAGCUAACCUCAAUAAUAAAUGAUGAUUUAAAAUUAUUAAUGUCAUUAUUAAAAAGAUUUCCAAAAGUUUAUUGGAUUUGGAAUCAUAGAAAAUGGUGUUUAUUUAAAUUAGUUGAAUUAAAUUCUGUAAAUUGGGAAUUUGAAUUUAAAACUAUUAAUAAAAUGUUAGAAUUAGAUCAAAGAAAUUUUCAUGGUUGGCAUUAUAGAAGAUUUAUAAUUGAAAAUCUAGAAGAACAAGCUAUUAAAGAAGAAAAAAUUAAUGAAAUACAAGCUCAAUUGAAAAUAUUGAAAUUAAAUCUUGAUGAAUUUGACUAUACUACUUCAAAGAUUCAAACUGAUUUUCUGAAUUUUUCAGCAUGGCAUAAUAGAACAAAAUUAAUACCUAGAAUUCUAAAUUUAGUUAAAGUUACAAAUACAGAUAAUGAAUUAUUCAAAAACCCAUUAAAUAUAUUGCAUAACGAUUUAGAAAUGAUCAAAACAGGGAUAUAUAUGAGUCCUGAAGAUAAUUCAGUAUGGUUAUACCUAUAUUGGUUAUUAACUGAUCCAAUAUUUGUCAAUUCAUUUCAAUCAAAAGAAAAUUAUAUUAAACUACUAGAAGAACAAAUAUCAUUAAUUAGAGAAGUAAAUGAUUUGGAAAUUGAAGAUUCUGGUCAUGAUAAUAUUGGAUGUUUAAAAAGUUUAAUUUAUAUAAAAGCUGUUUUAAAUAAUUCUUUACAGAAAGAUAAUACAAUUGAUGAGGAGAUUAAAGAAAGUUUAGUGAAAUUGAUUGAAUUAGAUGAAUUGAGAAAGGGUAAAUAUAAUGAUCAAUUGAAUGGGAUUGUACCGAUUCUUUGA